AUGCAAUAAAUUCCAGAUAAUUAUUAUGAUGAAAGUCUCAGUUAGCCAUCAUAGCAUUGCAGAAACACAGAAAUGAGAGAACUCCCGUAGAAGUGUUUUACAUGUCUAAAUAUUUUAGAUAGUUCCAAUGUUUUCAGGGAUACAAUGAUGAAAUCAUUAGAAAUUGUUGCAGUGUAAUUUUUGCACUUUUAACACUAGAAAAUGAGAUAUGAAGUACUUCAUCCAAAUCAAUUGAUAUACAAGAGGUUUGACUAGAUUGCUGAGGAUUAAAAGAAGUUCUAUGUCAUCUUGUAAGGAGAACUAGGAAUCUAUUUGUCCGUUGGUUUGCUGCCAGAAAACUUCAAGGACGUAGAGUUUGUGGAGGUUUAAUCGAUUAAAAUGUAUCAACACUUUGGACAUCAACUAUUCUGUAUGGCAAAGGAAGAUAUCUUUGAAUAGUAAUCACCAUCUCUAAUUAGGUAUGGUCUGAUAAUCAAAGCUAAGAAAUAAACAUUCGUUGCCACUCUCAACUAUCAAUAUUUUCAUGCCUACCUUCACUAACAAGAAUAACGGAAAAUGAACUCUGAAAUUAGUAGAUUGUAUGAUUUCUGCUUAUUUAAGGAAAUAUAAUACAAGGAAUUGAAAGUAUUAUUCAAUUACACUAAGGAAAUUCUACAUCAAUUCUUACUAACAGUCCCAUUGUUAUAAGGAUAAACACAUUGCGUGUUUUUCAUACUCAGAGGCUAGUAUUCCCUCGUCAAGCGAACAAAUGAACAGGAAGUUCAAACUAUUGGCAUCAUCUCUGAAGGAGAGAUCAUUGGAGAAUACGAAAUCCUCAACAAUAUCGACUCCAGACCAUUCUCGUUGAUAUGCUAAUCAGAAAAAGGUGAAGUUCUCAUUUGCGAUGCCUAAUUGUUUCAAAACUACGUCUUCCAAUUGAUCAGAGAAAACUUAGAAUAAACCAUCGAAGCCAAAUUCAAUUUCCAUCAGAUGGAUAAGACCUCAAUCAAGUUUGAACUCACAAAACUCAAUCAACACAUCCAUAGAAGAUAAUCAAUUGAGGAAGUAUGCAAGCAGAACAAAUUUCAUUAUCUCAUGAGACCGCCUCCAAGGAAGGUCCACUAAUCAACUAGUGAAUAUAAAGGAAAACCCUCAUAUUAUCAACUCUUUGUCAACAUCUAUAAUAUUGCUAGCCAAUAAACUUACUUUUCUCCUAGAUUAGCCAAUGAUGAGAGGAAAAGAAGGAUCACUCACUAUGUCAGAAACACUCUCAAACCUAUGCAAUAAAAGCUAAAAUAAGCCUUGAAUGUUUCAGCUAAUAAGACUGAUGAAUCUAUCAGCAAAAACACCAAAGGAUUUCCUCUCCAUAAUGAAAUGCUGAUUUAAGCACUAAAGAGAAACAAUGAUUCAAGAUUUAGAAAGACUUUCCAAAAAACCCAGAGCUUGGCUUCUAUUAGCCCGUCAAAAAAACAAAGUAGACCAGACGUUAUUGAUUUGGGUGAAAAUUUAAUAAUAAAGAAAUAAUAUAAAUCAAGUGAUAAACUUAUAUAUAAUAAUUAAUGA